UGUACUUGACUCUCGACCCUCACUCAAUAGCUUUAGACAACACGUCAGUAUCGAGGUCAAAAUCAUCAAUACUUCAUAGCCGCUCUAUGCAUCUCAUCUUCUUGGUUUAACCGAAUUUUAGUUGUUUUUUGRCUGAAACAAUCCUCAGUUUCUUUAACUCAGUAUUAAUCUAAUUUGGAAAGCUUUGCUUUCGUAUCAUUUUCGCACUCAGCUGUCGCGAGCAACAUGUCUACGCUCUAUGGAUUUGAUCGCGAAGAAGUUGAACAACUUGAAGUCCGGAUCCUGGACGUCGAUCAUCAAAUCACACAGGAAGAACUUUCUGCAGCAUUAGAGUCCAGUUCUCUCAACGGCUUCAAUAUCAUCAWACAAGAAAGCCCCAGCAAGCUCAACCAAAUGCAACCCUGUUUCACUGUUGAAAAAAGAAUAAAGUUUGGCAAAGUAAAAGAUGAAGAACCAAGCCUUGUGGAAAUAUUUCCAGGAGCAUGUACAAGACAGAUGCUACAGCAGCUAACAAUAGGGUGUCAAGGAAAAGCACUGGAUGAGCAGGACUGUGUAUUUGGAGUCGAAAUAUCUUCAUUUGGGAGAUGCAAUGUCUACAAAGUAUGUCCCAUUUUGAGGAUAGACAUCGAAGAUGCAGAUGAAUAGGGCGGCGGGUAAAAGAGACAAUAAUCAUGACUGAAAUGAUUACUGAACGGACGGGUAUAACUGAUAAUUGAUUAGGCMCUCGUUAAAAGAUAAAUCUGUAUGAGGAUUUAGCUCAUCAUCACGAAACAAUAUAAACUUACUACAGUAGAUCGAGUAACAAGCUAUGUCCUUCAAGUUAUUAAAUAGAAAAUGAACUAAACUAUAUUAACAUCAAGUAUAUUAAGUUAGGAGACAAACUUUCAAUACAAUUCAACUGAUAAAUAAAUGCAAGGGAAUUUCAUUUAGAAAUCAA